AUGGAUGAUGGUACAAAGAGGAACGCGCAUAGGGCCGCUGCCUGGGGUCGCCGGGGCGCGUCUGGAGCUGGCGCUGGACGCGGCAGCAUGCGGGCCGCCAGCCGAGCGCGAGGAGCUGUACGAUCACCUAGCAGCCCUCCGCAUCCAUCAUCCCCACCAGAAGGCUUGGUGUCGGCUGGGUCUUCUCGGACUCAGCAAGCGGCACCCGCCGCUGGUGGAGCACGUCGCAUGCGUUGGUCACAAACAAUGAACGCAAACGCACUGCGGGCGUACUUUAGGGCAAAAGGGGAAGAAACCGGAUGUUUGGCAUAUCGGGCUCGGAUGCAUCGCUUUUUUGCAGAGCUGGAGCCAUCUCUAUCCGUCACUGAGCAAAACCUGGCAGACCGAGUUCGGUACAUCCUGCGCUCCAACAUAUUUGGUGACGCCGAACUCGAACGACUACGACGUGAGGCUGUUCCCUCAUCGGAUGGAAAUGCUACGGCUGGGAAUGCGGCGCCACUAAUUGCGCAGCAAACUGCAAAUGUGGACGCUGCCGUCAAUAUUCCAUUUGUAGUUGAUUCAGACGAUGAUGGAAUAGUCCCCCACGAACUAGAGAAAAUGAGGAGCAUAUUGGAAGAGUCGAUGCUGGAAACGCGCAGCAUGCCUCUCGAAAAUCGACCGCGACUUCCCCGCAUACCCCUUAGCAAGCGAAAUCGGGCUGUCGUGCGGGCUCUUAACCCAAUGCUGGUGACCUAUUUGGAAGCCAGCCGGGACCUUUGCGAGACGGACUCUAUUCUUUUUGGCGCCGCACUGGCAGUAUGCCGUAUUAUUGGCGCCAAACUUCCCAUGGCUGGACGUGCUACUCAACAAGGUAGUGCCAUCCCAGCCUGGAGAAAAAGAAUCGAGGACCGUAUCGCAAAGGCAAGGGCCCUUAUCGGCAGACUGACAAGCUUCAGGUCGGGUAAUAUUAGACCGAGAGUUGUGCGCACCGUUAGAAUGGCGUUUGCUGGGACAAAUAUUAGUUUGUCCCAGCCGGAUAUCACGCAGAAACUAACGGAGCGCAUAGAUGACCUGAAGCAAAAAAUCGCUGCUUGGGGGAAGCGGAUUCGACGAUUUAGCGAGAGGUUAAGGCGGUUCAACCAAAAUCGUCUCUUCCAGAGUGAUCAGAAGAGGCUCUAUAAAUCAUUGGAGCGACCAGAGGUAUGUGGAGCGGGCCCAGGACCGGAUCAGGCUGACACUGUCGCGUUUUGGCGUGGCCUGUGGUCAGAGCCCGUAAACCACAGCGAGGGCCCUUGGAUGGAAGUUGUGGCGAGCCAGAGUGCAAGUGUUACGCCUAUGGACCCCGUCACCAUAACGCCUGAAGACGUGGCUGAGGCGGUCCGUAGGGCCCCGAACUGGAAAAGUCCGGGGCUUGACGGGCUGCAUCAUUACUGGCUGAAGGGGUUCGUAGUGUGUCACGCUGUGCUCGCCCGACAGUAUCAAGAGGCUCUCGAUCAGAAGUCGCUCCCGAGCCUCUUCACUACUGGGAUCACUCACUUGGUUCCUAAAGAUCAGGAUACCACAGACCCGAGCAAAUACCGCCCCAUCACAACCCAACCAGAUGAGAAAACUAUAUAG